GAAGAAUGGAAUCCUUGGGAAGGAGAUGAAAAAUAUGAGCAACAACACAGACUUAAAACUAGCCUUCAAAUAUUAAAUAAAUCCACAAAAGGGAAAACAGACUUCCAUGUACAAAUCUGGGGCAAAGCUGCCAUUGGUUUAUAUCUCUGGGAGCACAUUUUUGAAGGCUUACUUGAUCCCACUGAUGUGACGGCUAAGUGGAGAGAAGGAAAUUCAGUUGUAGGAGAACACAUUACAGUUUCGUCACUGGUCCUGCUGUAGUCCCAGGGUACUUCUCUCCGUUGAUGUGAACAAUGUGGUACUUGUUUUAAAUGGAAGAAAAAAAACUAAGAUCUUGUAUGCCACCCAGUGGUUACUUUAUGCACAAAAUUUAGUGCAAACAAAAACUUCAGCAUCUUGCUGUUGUUUUGCUUGGAAAUGAACAUUGUAAUAAUGAAUGGAUAAACUGAUUCCUCAAAAGAAAUGGAGGCUUGGUGGAGCUGCUCUUCAUAAUGUAUGACAGCCCUUGGAUUAAUGAUGUGGAUGUUUUUCAGUGGCCUUUAGGACUAGCAACAUACAGGAAUUUUCCCGUGGUGGAAGCAAGUUGGUCAAUGUUGCAUAAUGAAAGGCCUUACUUAUGCAAUUUCUUAGGAACCGUUUAUGAAAAUUCCUCCAGACAAGCACUAAUGAACAUUUUGAAACAAGAUGGGAAUGAUAAGCUUUGUUGGGUUUCAGCAAGAGAACAGUGGCAGCCUCAGGAAACAAAUGAAAGCCUUAAGAAUGAUCAAGAUGCUUUGCUACAGAGUGAUCCCACAUUGUGCCCAGUGGGAGUAAACACGGGAUGUUAUAGGAUAUACGAGGCCUGCUCCCACGGCUCAGUUCCUGUGGUAGAAGGUGUAAUGCCAGCUGGCAGCUGUGGAAAUGCAUCUGCUUACCAUAAUGCUCCUCUGCAGUUACUCAAGUCCAUGGACGCGCCCUUUGUCUUUAUUAAGAACUGGAAGGAACUUCCUGCUGUUCUAGAAAAAGAGAAAACUAUAAUUUUACAAGAAAAGAUUCAAAGAAGAAAAAUGUUACUUCACUGGUACCAACAAUUCAAAAUAGAGCUAAAAAUGAGAUUUACUAAUACUUUAGAAAGUUCAUUUUUAAUCAACGAUAAAGGUUAAAUAUUAAUCAUCUUUUCAAGCUGAGCUUUCAUUUUUUAAAUCAUUUCAAAUACUGGGUGUGUAUAUGUGUUGUUGGGUAAUUAUUAAACUUAAAUUCUUUAAGUUACCCUUGGGGGCCCUGUUAUGUCUGUAGCAUUAAUAACCAAGUGCUUUCCUUAUUGGGCCACUCCUGAAAAUGAAGUUAAAAUGUUACUCAAAUUCACUUUUACAAAGUUGAAGGAUUCAACAUUUA